GUCCUUAAUACAAAAUACCUAAUAAAUCUUGUUUCAAUCAUGGGAGCUAUAAUGAAAUUUUAUGUUAUGAAUGAACAGGCAAGAUAUUUUUCCAGCGUGAGUAACAUUACAUUUGUUCCGUGAAGCCUUUGAAUAACAUUUUACGUAUUGUUUCGAAUGUUUAUAGGAGAACGUACAAGUUAAAUCAUUAACCGCAAUUAUAAAGUGAGACAGUAUAGUUAAUAAUUUGCAGUGAUACAUAAUCGAUGGCUUUUGAUCUGAAAGACGAAUCGCAAGUUAAAGAAUUCAUAGAUAAUUUAGGUAUCGAAUACCGAUUCGGAUGUUACAAAGAAAAGAAACCUGAAGUGUGUCAUUUACUCGGUGACUUUCUUGAAAGCAUCAUGAAAGAUUACACCAAGGCUGGGAAAAUAUAUAAAUCAAAUUGUGAGGAUUAUAAUUUUGGACGGAGUUGUUACAAAUUCGGAAAUUACAAGCUUCUGGGAAGAGGUUCACAGGAAGUGGACUGCGAUGUGGCGUACGAAUAUUAUCGUAAGGCAUGCGAGCUGGGCGUAAGUGAAGCUUGCCAGAACGCCGGUUUGAUGUGCUUAGGAAACGGCACACACACUAGGAGUGUGAAAGAUCACCGCAAAGGUUUACAACUUCUUGAAAAAGGUUGUGACGGGAACAACCCUUUUUGCUGCUACUACAUUGGAGGUGUAUACAUACCAGGUAUUCCAGAAGCCAGCAUUGAGAAGGACAUGGAUAAAGCGCGUAGAUAUUCAGAAAAAGGCUGUGAAUUGGGAAAUAUUUAUGCAUGUGCAAAUGUCAGCCAGAUGUAUCGACGGGGUGAUGGGGUGGCUAAGGAUGAGGAAAAGGCUGAGAAAUAUAAGAAGAGGGCAUUGGAACUGCAGGACGAGCUUGUGAAACAACAGCAAACACUAACAUUUCAACAAGGGACAAAACCCAUAUAGUCAAUGACUUAGUAGUUGUAUGAAGAAUUUGAA